CAUGCGCGACGGAAUGGAUCGCGAUUCUUGAUGGUUUCGAGUUGAGUGAAGCGUUAUUGGAGAAAAAAAUUAUCCGCUAUUAUUUUCGAGUGCUACCGAGAAGAAGUGGCGAAAAAAAUGUGGAAUUACUUGCUUGAAUAGUUGAGAUAGUAAUAGGAAUAGUUGAAUAGUAAUGACCUUGAGAGAAGCAUCAUAACUUGGAGCAAUGACUAUCUACGGCAAACUGGUGCAAAUCAUUAUAAUUUCGUUUUGAGCGGCAACUAGUUACCACACGUGCAGUUAUCAUUUGUUCAUAAUUAUCCUCACAAUGGCACGGCGCUACCGGAAGUAAUCUGCCAUACUGGUCGAGGGUGAAACGCUGGCGUGAUCUAAAGAAGCUAGCCGGUUAAGAAAAGGUUCAUACGAUUUGAGGCGUUCAACAGUACUAGAUAAAACUCGUUGACAUGCAGCAUCGUGAAAGGACUCUGAGGAUAGGGAACAAGAGCAGUGAUUGGAACGUUGGGGGUUCGAGGCUGAACACAGCCUUGUAAAAUAUAAUAAAGAAAAAUGCCGCAUCCAACCCCAAUAAUUAAUACAUACCAAAGAAUGUAAGUUAAUGAAACGACAUGAAAUCUAACCAACCUAGGAAAUUACUCGCUCUAGCAGUAGACUGACCCUCAUUGCACAAUUUCCACCGGAAGAAAAAUGUCCAGCCGAAAAACAUUGUACAAACAAUCGGUUCUAGUUACGAACGGGAAUAAACCGCUGUCGGAGGCCCUUUGCGAGGAACUGGUCGAAACUCACCACUGCCAAGUGGCGUACGUCUCGACCGGUGCUCAAUUGACUGAGUUGCACUUGAAUAGAGCGGUGAAAGUGUUUGACUGUAAUUUUACCCAGAGGCAACGGGUUGAAAAGUUAGCAACCUACUUGAACGAACAAUGUGAUCGCAUCAAUUUUAUAAUACAUCAAGUUGCCCCCAUAGAAAAUGCUGCAGAAGAAGAGGAACCAUUCGUAAGUCAAUCGUCCGGUGAUAUUCUGGGGUUUGUGAAUAUGCUAACCGGUUUAGUCCCUGCGAUGCUCCGAAACGGUGGAGGGCGAAUUGUUUCCAUCAAAAAUACCUUUAGCGGUGCCAAAGCCCUCCACGAUACUCAGUCUGAAUACCAUGAUCUCGUUAAAAGCAUUUCCCGCUCAUCUCAAGUGUCACCCUGUGCUGGAGACCCGGAGAGCAUUCAUCUAUCGACCAUCUUCUGCGAUCAGUAUGAUCUAACGCGGGUACCGACGAGGUCAACCCCGGCUAGCACGAAUCUUACAUUUAACCUCAAUCUUACCGAACGUGAACUUGCACAACGGAUCCUGAGGGGUGUUGAAUCGGACCAGCGGAUCGUGCAAGUCAGCGCACGGCGCAAUUUGCUCGAGCUUUGUUCGAAUAAUUUAACACAACUGGCCGCGAUCGGAUUGGGUAAACUCCAGCUACGGAAAGCUCAAAAAAUUCCUAUCAAGAUACAAUAGUGAAUAUCCAAAAAUAUAUAUUUACGAGCGACUCACGCUUUCAAUUACGUCUAAACCUAAGAACCAGUAUCACAUCAUUCCUGAAUCCAAGCCAUGGAAUUAAAGAAAUUUGGAUUAUCAUUUAAUUGGUUUCAACGAAGUGCGCGCCACAGACUACAAAAAAAAUAAGCUUCAGAAUGAAACGAACCAAUAACAACAGUCUGUCAAUUAUUUUCCAUUUCAAACAGUUUCGCCCCGGGCACCGCACAUCGUUGCUCCACCGAGCUCGCGGACCACGCAGAAUUUGUUUUGAGUGCUGAAGUUACAUGUCAGAUGUAAUAAUAGCGGGCUGGGAUGAGUCAUGAUAUAAAGGAGAGCACAGGUUAUAACAUAUGCACGAGUUCUACGCACGUUAUGUUCCAUUCGUGCGAUUUUUUCAUUUAUUCUACAUUUAAUUUAUUUUUUCAGCUGAGAGCUCUAGUAGAUGCUCAUUUUGAUGAACAAAUCAAAUCAUAAAACAAACAAAAAACACAGAAACAAACAGCAACAGAUAGUAAACA